CAAAGUCGUACCAUGCAGUUUCUGACUGCAGUAAGUCCACGGUCAUUCUAUACUCCAAGCUGGAAGAUUGAGGCCGAGUAUUCAACCAGAGUGCUCACUGGAAACUGGGUGGAAGAGAGGAGGACGUUCACCAAAGCCACUGAGAAAACACCGCAGAGCAUUUACAGGAAAGAGUACGUCCCCUUCCCCUGCCACAGACCGGACCAGAUAUCCAGGUGGUACACCAAGAGGAGAGUUGAGGGGCUCCCGUACAAACACCUGAUCACCCACAACCAGGAGCCCUCGCACUGCCACCUGAUCAGCUCGUAUGACGACCAUUACAACCGGCACAAUUAUAACCUGGGCCUGCCCCCAUGCCGCUCCUGGAGUGGACACAAAUUGCUGUGGCUCCCAGAGAAAGCCGACUUCCCCCUUCUGGGGCUGAGGUGUGCCCGGCUCACGCGGGAGGACUCGCACGGGGGACCCUGGCUCCAGGAGAGUGUUAGAGUGAGGUGA